AUGUCCCUUGGGGGGACCACAGGCGACAACACGCGCCUGCUUCGGAAGGCUCCAGAGGAGGAGGAGGAGGAGGAGGAGGAGGAGGAGGAGGAGGAGGAGGAGGAGGCGAUGCAGGCGGAGGGCGUGCGGGAGGUGGCCGUGGCAACUGGCCUGGAGGUGCUGUACCAGGAGACCCCCAACUACCGCGGAGCGGCGGCCGAGGCUGACCGCAUGAUCGAGCCAAGGGAGACGGCUAGGCAUGCCUGGCGAGUGCCAGACCUGGGCUUUGCGGGAUUGAAUGGCAAGUGUGGGCGGCGUACCGAGGGAGCUACAGACGUGCAGGCACAGUCUUUCAAGAAGCACGAAGGGAUGGUGAAGCACCGAUUUUCUCUGCAGCGUCAGGAGGACUUGCUGCAGAAGUAUGGGCGACAGCUGCGCAUCGACAUGCACCCGAAAGCGCAGGACAUGGAGUUGCUGCAGGUGUCGUCGCUCGUGGACUCGGUGUACUUCAUGGGGAAGUGCAACGAGCCCAUGGACUCGUGGAUCCGGCUGGUGCGCUACAUGGCGAAGAAUAAGGUGCUCGGAUUUCCCGAGCAGGGCUACGGCACAUACUAUAAUACGGAGGCCUUGGCUGCCAAAGCCGCAGCGGAGGCGAUACCAACCUUCAACAUGGUUGACGACGUGAUCCGCGCCGUCGCAGAGUACCUUGGGCGAUCGGGGCCGUGGCAUCAGCGCUUCAUGGAGCUCCAGGAGGUGUUCACGUCCACCAACCUCGAGGUCCAAGGCAUACACGACGUGCGGUGGCUGUCCAGAGGAGCUGCAGUCGCCCGCUUCGUCCAAGUCCUACCUGCCAUCAUGGUGAUGUUGCCGGAGUGGAAGGACCAGACCAUGUACGAACUCGUCACGUCGUACAGGUUCCAGUUCCUCAUCAGGUUCCUCGUGGAUAUGCUGGAGCAGCUCAACGUCCUCUCCUCGGUUUUCCAGAAGCGGGAGGUAAGUGACUUUCAGGGUGUUGCUUGUGGUGGUUCUAGUACAAAACCCUUUGUACUAAUUUUCGUUGAAUGUUUGUGA